AUGGACGACACAACUCCCCAGCAGCCGUCCCCUCCCGACACCUUCAGAAAUCCAGACGAAACCCGGGCCGAGUCUUCUUCUGAUGCCUCCCAAACUUCUUCUCCCGAAACAGUGUGCAAACCUCCCUCUUUAAACUCCCCCAGCGGCAGUAUGGCAUCCCCCAUAAGCCCCUCCUCAGCCCCUCUCGGCCCUACCAAUGCAGCGCGGAGGCCAGGACCGCUCCCAAGCCGCGCCAGCGGACUGAAUUCAGACAUCCAAGCAAAAAUGAAGGCUUUUUCUCUGUCCCGUCAGGGAGCUCCUCCCCCUUCUGCACAAAACAUGAGAGGUGGACUACCUGGUCAACAGUCCACUGGUCCCGGUCCCGGUCCUGGUCGAUUUGUUGGCUGCCCGAUCACAGGAGCUCCUCCAUCUUCUCCUACACAACCUACGGCCAAUCUCCGUCUUCCCCCGGGCCUGAACCGUCCAAACGCUCCGAGUUUUGGUGGCUCGCCAUCUCCAGUCACGGGAAGCCCCCGAAUGAUGAGUCCUCAGGCUCCGAUGGGUGGUCUGGCAGCCAAGCGGGGACUCAAGCCUGGAGGGAUGAAACUGUCUGAUGCGCAAAAGCCGGUACCCCCUGGCGAGAAGGUUGAAGAACAGGACACGGGAUCUCAAUUCAACAAAUACUCAAACAUCGUUGACACGAAGAAGGGGACGCUGAAUUUUCAGAACAAGGCGGUUAUCCAUGGAAGUGGGAUUGACUUUGCUGGGGGGAGCACCUUCUCGAUUUCUCUGGACGAAGUGGAUACCAUCGCGGAGCUUGGAAAAGGAAACUACGGAACGGUCUUUCAAGUGAGACAUGCUCGACCGAGAAUGAGAAGACCUGGUUUAGGUCUGCGAGGCAAUAUGGUACGGCAAUCAUCCGCUUCGGCGGCAAAGGAGGACGAAGAGCCGGAACCACAGUCCCGGUCCUCGGGAACGAGCGGUCUGGUUAUGGCAAUGAAAGAAAUACGGCUUGAAUUAGAAGACUCGAAGUUUGCGGCCAUCAUUAUGGAGCUGGACAUUCUCCACCGUUGCGUGUCACCCUUCAUCAUUGAUUUCUAUGGCGCGUUCUUCCAAGAAGGCUCGGUCUACAUCUGUAUCGAAUACAUGGAUGGCGGUUCGGUCGACAAAUUGUACGGUGAUGGAGUUCCCGAAGGAGUGCUCAAGAAAAUCACGCUGUCAACGGUGAUGGGUCUCAAAUUCCUCAAGGAUGAACACAACAUCAUCCAUCGAGAUGUCAAACCGACAAAUAUCCUGAUGAACACACGGGGUCAAGUCAAGAUAUGUGAUUUUGGCGUCAGCGGCAAUCUCGUCGCCUCAAUAGCCAAAACCAAUAUCGGCUGUCAGAGCUACAUGGCUCCAGAGCGAAUCUCCGGAGGUGGGAUGGCUCAAGUCGGGGCGAGCGGAGGCGGCACCUACAGCGUUCAAUCCGACAUCUGGUCACUGGGUCUCACCAUCAUCGAGUGCGCGCUGGGACGAUAUCCCUACCCUCCGGAAACCUACGACAAUAUAUUCAGCCAACUAAGCGCCAUUGUGGAUGGAGCACCUCCAGACCUUCCGGCUGAUAGAUUCUCCGAAGCCGCAAUCGACUUUGUACGGGGAUGUUUGAACAAGAUUCCCCGAUUGAGACCAACGUAUGCAAUGCUUCUUCGACACGCUUGGCUCGCGCCAUUGAUGAAGCCGCCCACGAUUUCUGAGGAUGCUGAAGCGGAACAAGCAGCCGAAGCUGGCGUCGAAUCAGCCUUUGCCAACGGAUCGACGCCUGAUACCGCGGACAAAGAAGUGGCAGACUGGGUGAAAAGUGCUCUUGAACGAAAGAAGGCGGGCAAAAUGGCGGUCGGCAAGAAACCGGCGUUGCACGAGGCGCCUUUGGACGCCGUUCCUGGCAGCCCUCUUCUUACUCAACCUGAAAGAGUGCCUCUGGCCGAGGACAAAAUGGUGACAGAAAUUAAACCAAAUUCUGGGGUUCGGGUCGAGUCUCCGGACUUGACAGCGGCGAAAGUACACAGUCUAGAUUUCGCAACAUGA